AUGGUUUCGGAUCUCACGUCCAAGUUCAGCAGCAACUCAUUCGAUACUGCCGCCAAGGUCACCAGCGUCUUCGGCCCGCCCGAGCUGCUCGGCACUUCUCCCGACCACCUACAGUCACCGCCCGCAGUUGCCAUGAUGCCCGGUAUUGCCAUGGACAAGGCAGACGGCGGUACGCCAUCGUUCUAUGUCGGAUAUACGGGCGACGACAAGAUCCUGUGGUUCAAGAUCCAGCCCGACAGCAACGGAAACGAGCAGUACGUCUCUGAGAUCCGUAUCGACAAGGGCUCGCCCUCCCGCGGCGGGCGCCGCACACUGUUCAGCCAGCUGACGCCCAACACCCAGUGGAAUGUGAGGUCGCGUGUGCACAGGUACGGUGGCUCGCCCUAUGCCGUUUAUGAUGGCCUCAUUCUGUUCUGCAAUGCAAGCGACUGCGGUCUAUACCUAUUUGAUGCGAACUCUGCUCUGGCACCUCGCCGGAUUGCUCAGCAGGAUGACAGGCUGUGGUAUGCCAACAUGGUCAUCCAUCCGUCCAAGAAGUUUGCUGUUGCUGUGCGUGAGGACCACCGCAAUGGCGACAUUGGCGCCUUGGCUGUGCUGGUCGCCAUUCCGCUGCCCAGCGACCUUGAUGCCGACGAAUUUAAGCCGACCGAUGAUGCUGUGCUUUUCAGCCAGAGCGACUUUGUGUCGAGCCCUGUGUUCAGCCCCUUGAACGACGAGAUUGCAUUCUAUACUUGGAACCAUCCGAACAUGAACUGGGAUGCGACUACCCUGCACCGUGCCACGCUCUCGUUUGACGCAAAUGGGGUUGCCAACGGCCUUGAUAACCUGGCAAUUGUCGCUGAAGGCGAAGGUGACGUUCAGGAGAGCAUCUACCAGCCGCGUUUUGACGAUGCUGGCAGACUACAUUUCCUUGUGGACCGCUCGGGUUUCUGGAAUCCGUACUAUGUUGACAGCGACGGCAAGACAAACCAGUCACUGGCUAAGUCGAUGAAAGCUGAUUUUGCAGUUGCUGAGUGGGAAUUCGGCUUUUCUACAUUCCAACCUGUACCUGGAAAGCCGGACGAAGUCGUAGUUCGCUAUAUCGCUGGCGGCAGAGCACACCUGUACCAAUUGAAUAUCGUUCCACAUGAGAUGACCGAGUUGCCGACUCCCGAGUGGUCCGUCAUGGAUGCAUUCCACUUUGGUGUUGACCCGAAAUCCGGGUCUCAGAUCCUCAUGAUGCUUGGUGGUAGGCCAAAAAGCACUGUCUCCCUCUUCACUUACUUCAUGAACGAUGCACCCGAUGCCAAGCAGCUAGUAUUCGGUGGCGCCAGUGUCACUAUGCUCAGCGAUGAGGAUAUUUCUAUCCCAUCGGAAAUCGAAUUCCCCACCCGUCUGCCACCAUUUGACAACGACCAAGUUGGCCAAGGUGGGUCCGAUGCAACGGCAUUUGCCUAUUUCUAUCCACCGACUAACAAGAACUUUGCUGGGCCCGCUGGAGAACUGCCUCCUCUUCUUGUUCUCAGUCAUGGUGGGCCGACCUUCCAAGCUGACCCGAUCUAUAAUUCACAGAUCCAGUUUUGGACCACACGCGGAUUUGCUGUCGCCGAUGUAAACUAUGGUGGAUCAACCGGUAAGGGCCGUGCCUACCGCGAGCGGCUUUAUCCAUGGUUUGGCAUCGUUGAUGUGCAAGACUGCUGCGCCGCAGCCCUCCACCUGGCAGAAACCGGCAAGGUUGACAGACAGCGUCUGACAAUCAUGGGAGAAAGCGCCGGUGGAUUCUGCACAUUGGCUGCGCUUACAUUCCUCCCCGAGGUAUUUGCUGCCGGUGCCAGUGUCUGCGGUAUGAGCGACUUGGAGCUCUUUGCGCAGGAGACACACAAGUUUGAGGCACACUACAUAGAUAGGCUUGUUGGGCCAUACCCAGAAGCACGGGACCGCAUUGCUGCCUGGUCGCCUAUCAAUUCUGUGGACAGGCUGGAGUGUCCGACUGUGUUUUUCCAUGGUGCCGAUGACAAGAUUGUGCCACCGAAUCAGGCGACAGUGCUGGCUGAGGCACUGAAAGAUAAGGGCGUCAUGGUAGGGCAUGUCGAGAUUCCUGGCGAGGGGCAUGGAUUCAGGAAAGCAGAGAAUAUCUCAAUCGAGAUCUUUAAUGAGAAGUAA